AUGAAUAUGUUGCAAAGUUUGUUCAUUAUAAAUCAGUCGAAUGAAAUAUGUUUAGAAAAACACUGGACAAAAAACAUUUCAAAGACAGUUUACGAUACCUUUUUUGAUGCCGUCACAAAAUAUGCAGCAGGUGAUGUGCCACCCGUUCUAGAAACUCCAAGCAAUUCACUCAUUCAUAUUUUGCGCAACAAUUUAUAUUUUCUAGCUGUGUGUGUUAAUGAGCUACCUCCCUUACUCGUGAUUGAGUUUUUAGAUUGCGUUCAUUCAAUAAUCGAAGAUUAUUUUGGCUCCGUUACUGAAACAUCAAUCAAAGAAAAUGUAGUUUCAAUAUACGAGAUUUUAGAUGAAAUGCUUGAUGGUGGUUUCCCACUGGCCACCGAAUCUAAUAUUCUAAAAGAAAUUGUGCGUCCUCCCAACUUCCUUCAAUCACUAACAGAUGCGGUUACUGGAAAAAACACGAUUAUUGGGUCCACACUCCCUACAAACCAGUUAUCGAAUAUACGUUGGAGACGUUCUGGUGUGAACUACACUAGCAAUGAAACGUAUUUCGACCUGAUUGAAAAGAUAGACGCGAUUAUCGAUCGUUCUGGUUAUGUAAUUUCCAAGGAGAUUCACGGAUCAGUUGAAUGUCUAAUUAAAUUAUCUGGAACUCCAGAUAUAACACUGGCUUUCACAAAUCAUCGGCUGAUUGAUGAUGCCAAUCUUCAUCCUUGUAUUCGCUUCUCACGCUGGAAGAGAGAAAGAAUCCUAUCGUUUAUACCGCCUGAUGGAAAGUUUUGUUUGUUCAAUUAUCAUGUAAGCUCAUUAAGCCCUGUAUCACUUCCUAUCAUACUAAGACAUAAUGUUCUUCUCCGUGAACGUGGAGGUCGUUUAGAUGUAGUGGUAGUACCAAAAACAAUGGGUAAACCUGUUGAAAAUGUAAAACUUACCAUCCAGUUACCACCAGAAGUUUUAAAUAUCACAGCAUCUCCAAGUGCUGGACGAACUAGUUUUGAUGUAACAACAAAAUUGUUUCAAUGGGAUAUUGGUCGAAUUGAAACAAAAUCUCCAAAUCCUUCAAUGAAAAGUAGUAUCGAUUUAGUUAGUGGUCUUACUACAUUACCAUCAAAUCCUGUAAUCGUCGUAAACUUUUGUAUUCCACAAUUCGUUGUAUCUGGGUUGAAAAUUGCUAGAGUUGACAUUUAUGGAGAGAAAUAUAAACCAUUUAAAGGAGUCAAAUACGCAACGAAAGCUGGUCAAUUUGAGGUGCGAACGUGA